AUGUACACCUCCAAAUUCCAACAAAGCGUGAUCGCAGCGAUGGCUCACGGGGCACUGUACAAGUCUGGGCGGAAGCGCGCGCACAUGUCGUCUGCGUACAUUUCGAAGUGGCUCCGCGUGCUGAGCAACAUAUCGGCGGGGCUCCUCAUCCUUGGCACGGGCCUCCUCGUGUCGCUGUUGCUGUAUCAGGGCAUGUUUUACAGCCAGAGUAUGUCUCCGGUACCUCAAAAGUACUGGAGACCGCUCUUCCAGGCGUGCCGGCUGAACAUGCACGGGUUUAUCCCUGGCUCGUGCCAUCCCGACGACGUCAACUCGACAGGUGAGAUCCCGUGGACGUCCAUGGGCGCGCAGCUGGCGAUAGAUUUCGUACGAAAUGCGACCGACCCGGACGUGUUUGUCACAACAUGUUUGCACGGGGCGUCGAACGAGUCGACGUGGGUGGCCAUCGUGCUUCUCGUGGCGGAAGCGACUUUUCCACAAUGCAACCCUGUCGGGAAGCAGCUCAUUCUUGGCAUGGCCGUGCUCGAGACAGUCGCGAACGACGAGUUUCCUUUGGGAGCGUACCUCGUCAGCACGUUCUCGGACGGGACUCCCAUCGAUCCAGUCCAGAUCGAUACGACCAACUCGGGGCACUUUACAGUCGACCAGUCCGUCGUCAAGACAAUUGUCGCGACGAAUGGAACCAGGCUUCACGCGCCAUGGGAUCAGCGCAACUACGUCACAAGUCUCAAUAGCCUGAAUCGACUCUUUUUCAUGCGCCUCUGGGUCCGUCGGCAACGCAUCCUGCUUUGCCGUCACGAUCACGUGGGACAACUCGCACCACGUUGA